AUAUGCUAUUUUAUCCUCACUUUACCCAUAUUCCUUACUAGAAUCAUUUGUGUUUCACAACAUGAAUAUAUUGUUGUUUUGUGAGUUGGUCUUUCUUUUUUCAUGCUGCACUGGGAAUCAAAAAAAUCCAAACAUUCAAGACCUGCUGGAAAAUUUCUUGAAAAUCAAACAAACAUUGUGGAGACACGAUAACAGCCUUAUUAAAUCUGCUAGAAUUGGUGUUUUGUCUACUUACGUUUUGAAUGGAAGCAAGUAUAAAAGGAAGUAUACAGAUUGUUCAGAGAUUUUGCGAAGUGACCCAAGCAAGAAAAAUCAUAACGGAGUUUAUACCAUUUAUCCGGAUCAUAUUAAUAAAACGGAGGUUUUCUGUGACAUGACCACUGAAGGAGGGGGAUGGACCGUUAUACAGAAACGGGUAGAUGGUUCAACAGAUUUUUACAGAACGUGGAAAGAAUACAAGGAAGGGUUUGGUACUCCAUCCCGCAAUUACUGGAUUGGUAAUGAUGUUAUUCAUCAACUAACGAAGACCAGUCCCCAAAAAAUUCGUAUUGUUCUUCAAAGAUAUUCUGGAGAGAGGGGCCGAGCAGAAUAUUCUAAAUUCGCUGUAGGCGAUGAAGGCAGCAAAUAUAAGCUAACAGUGUCUGGAUAUAGCGGGACUAUUGGUGAUAGUCUGGGAAGUCAUAAUGGAUUGAAGUUUACCGCGAAGGAUCAAGACAAUGAUAAUUAUAAUGGUAAUUGUGCAAAGCUAUAUCAUGCCGCAUGGUGGUACGGUGCUUGUCAUGCUACCAAUUUAAACGGUCUUUAUGCGAAGUCCGCCUUGAAAGAUGGAAAGUACAACACUUGGGCUGCUUGGAAAGAUGAACACGAAGCUUUGAAAACAACACUCAUGAUGAUACGUCCUGCAUAAUCCGGACAAAUAAAUAUUUUGUUGAUGCAUAGGUAUAAAUGUAUUGAAAAAUGAAGAUAAUAAA